AUGGAGGAUCAAGUAAACAGGCUGGUCGAGAAGACCUGGGCAAAGUUCCAAACAGUCCCGGCAUCUAAACGUCUUCUUAUUGCCAUUUCCGGGAUUCCAGGCUCUGGUAAAACAACCCUAGCAAAGACCGUCACAUCCCGUCUCAACGCCCUCCAUGCCUCCAAAGACCAAAACCAAACCAAAACUUCUCCACCAAUCGCAGCCUUCAUCCCUAUGGAUGGCUACCACCUCUCUCGUGCCCAGCUCUCCUCCAUGCCGGACCCUCAACUUGCUCACGAUCGGCGCGGCGCAGAGUUCACAUUCGAUGGCGACGCCUUCGUCAUGCUCGUGAAAUCCAUUCGCGAACCGCUCACAUCCUCAACCACAGUACUAUAUGCGCCCUCCUUCGACCACGCUAUCAAAGACCCCGUUUUGGAAGAUAUACCUAUUACACCUACAGAUAGGAUUAUCGUCUUUGAAGGGAAUUAUCUCAGCUUGAAUAAGGAGCCGUGGAAGGAGGCCGCAGGGUUGAUGGAUGAAUUGUGGUUUGUCGAGGUGGAUUUUGAUACAGCAGGGAAGAGACUUGUCCCGAGACAUGUGAAAGCCGGCAUUGCGGCUAAUGAGGAGGCAGCUUGGAAGAGGGUUAACGAAAAUGAUUUGGUUAAUGGGAAGGAGAUUGUGGAUGGGAGGUUGGAGGUAGAUGAGGUUGUUGUGAGUAGGGAAGAUGACGCCUGGGGAACGAAGUAG